AGGAUCCAAGCUUCUCAGUAACACCACAGACACUCUCGAGGAAGCACGUGUAGCUCGUUUCGGAAUGAAAAUGAAUUUUUUUAACAGCUUUCCUCAAUAUGGGGUCUAUAUUUUGGGUUUAAAUCUAUUAUUAUGUGGAGUAAGUGAAGGAUUUAUCGGGUUUGGAAUGGACGGUUUUGAAGAAAUGUUUCCCCUUCUUAUGUUAGGAGGUAUGAAUGGUGGCCAAUCUAACUAUGUCCGCCCAAAACCAAUAGCACCAACAUUACCACCAACUCCUCCUCCACCAAUGGUCAAACCACCAUCAAUCACCUGGAGAUGGGUACCCAAUGCGAGAUACACAUGGCCACUCUUUAAUAAUAUGCAAUGGCCACAAUAUAACCCUUAUGUCCUUCCACUCGCCAAUAACGCCAUGGCUAAAACUGGUUCAGCCUUCAACACCAACACCAUCAGUGGAACAAAAGCUUCAUCAGGCAACGCCAUGCCAGUACUCCCAGCACCCAAUGCGCAGAUGAUCAGUAGUGGUGGUCCCGUCCCACCUGCAGCAGGUCUGAUGAACGGAAUGGGAAUGGGACUGGCAGGAAGCAAUAUGGCUGCAGCCAACCAAAUGACAUGGAAUACGCAGACGACAUCCAAGGGAUCAACACCAAUGUAAUCUGUUUUUUGUAGACUAGUUUUUGUUAGUCAUGUGUUGUAACGUAUUAUCGUACCUGUUGGCAUACCUGUGACGGACCUCAGAUUUAUACUAGAAAGCCUAUUCCACAUUUUAAGAUUCACUCUCAAAAUCUGAGAGAGAAAGUGAUCAAUUCUGUAUACUGAAAUGUAAAUAUUACUGUUGUUAGUCGAAUAUGACCACAUACUUUAUUUUGAAGAUGGAUAUCAAGAGCAGUGCAAUGAUGACUGAUGAGGUCGUUUCUUUCGCGGAAUCUCCCUGUGGUCGAGAGCUUUACGGAGCUCGCGCUUCUGUUCUGCAGUCUUGGUUAUUUCUCCGUCGGCUCGCAUACAUCACAAUUAAAUGACUGUUCGAAAUCAUGUAACAGUUUCAUGCACAUAAUUCUUCCGCAAAACUGUACAAUCUGACCUUUUCCCGCUAAUAGAAAUACGCUGUGACAGGUAUGCCUAUAUUGUCGUUUUGUAUCCAUGUCCAUUGUCACCUGUUUGUAGUUUUAUGUUAGAUAAAAAGAGAAUCACACCAU